UUUAUAUCUUCCCUUUAACACAACUUACCCCUGCCGGGACGUUCUCAUGGAGUCGGAUUCUCUAGAUCUUUAAUUCGGAAGUGUGCAUUUUAUUUGAACCCCGCAAUGGCUUCCACCAGCGUCACCGAGAGCACUCCGCUCAUGUCGCCAGCUUCCAACAGCUUAGAAGCUCAGAAGAAGGGAACCCGAAAUGUGACAUUCAACCCGAACCCAGCAAUCAUCUCGAUCGGCGGUGCCACAGGUUCUGCAACUCGAUUAGCCCAACAGCUUAACUCCGUUACACCCGGAACUGCAAAUGCUCCCUCCCCACAACCACAAAUGCUCUCAGCACUGAACAGCAAGCUCCGCCGCCGAAACAGCCACGGCUCACCUCUCGUGCCUGUUCCGAGUACUCCAGUCCCUAAGAUAGGGCCCCAAAGAACCACCAAGAAUGCGCAGAAGCUCAAGCUCCUCCCGAACCCUGACUUCGGAGAGGAUGGACCAGAUGAAGAGAGUGGUCGGGAUGUCUACUCGCAAUAUACACGAAUCAAAGACCCCACCGCUCGCCGAGAUGCUGCACGAUUAGGAAAGGCGGACCGAGAUCGAUUGCCACGAGUUACAGCGUAUUGCACGGCGAACAAAUAUCAGAUGGACAAUUUAUUGCGGUUUUUGAAGGGCAGGGGGAAAACCAAGGGAGCCAAUCCGAAGUUAUUUGACGAAUGCAUAUACACUCCAUACAAUUAUAGCAGGCCUCAUUUGUCUGAAAGAGUCAUGGAAGUCCAGUCAAUGCCAGCACAGAUGCAGGAGCGGAGGCAUUCGGAUAGUGCUAUUGAAGUGGAAGAUAGCAAGCAACGCCGGGAAGACCUCAUUGAUCUACACACCGAAGCAGGAGAUACAAGUCUGGGUAAUAGAGAGCAUGAGAUACCAAAUCGAGUGCACGCCGAAGUUGUGGAGCGCCAGAUCCAAGAUGAGACAAUUGCUACGGAGAGCAACCUCGACUUCGACACUCAAGUCCAUACACCCGAAAUCUUCCUGUUCGGCUACGGCGUGGUAGUCAUCUGGGGCAUGUCGCUACAAGACGAAAGGAAAUUCUUGAAAGAGAUAGCCAAGUUCGAGAGCGAGAAGUUGGCUCCAGAUGAUGUGGAAACUGAGUGCUUCAAUUUCUACUACACCAGGGAAUAUCAGGCACGGAUAUACAACGAUUUCAUUACUUUGCGAGAAAAGGGUAACUACAUGACGAAGCUGGCGAUUUCCCAUGCUUUGGCACAGAGCGUAAAGACAUCCCUCUUCGAAGAAUUGGUGGAUAACACCAUUGAGACAUGCAAGGACAUUCCGACCCAAAUUGCCCUAACCGGUAAGAUUGCUCUCACAAGGACGCAAAUCAACAUGCAAAUCGGCGAGCUUUUCAUCCUAAGAAUAAACAUCCAUCUCAACGGCUCUGUGCUCGAUACUCCUGAGCUCUUCUGGGUAGAACCACAACUGGAGCCUGUGUAUCAAGCUGUGAGGAGCUAUCUUGAGAUGGACCAGAGAGUUAGUCUUUUGACUGAGAGACUGGACGUAAUUGCGGAUUUGCUGGCCGUGUUGAAGGAUCAGCUGAGUCAUGGGCAUGGGGAAAAGUUGGAGUGGAUUGUAAUCGUACUCAUCGCAGCCGAGAUCGUCGUGGCUGCUGUAAAUAUUGUCGUUGAUCUAUAUGCUGGCGUCGACUGAUGUUUUGAGCAUUCAUUGGUAGCAAGGCGUUCUGGUCUGGUCUUUUUGGACAGCGGAUAUUACGAUCCAGAGUAGGAGGACUGUUUGAUUAGUGUGUUUACAUAGAAAGGAGACGUUGGCUUGGUCCUUGACGAGCCUCGAAUGAAGUUGGGCCACUAGUCCGAAGAC